UGUUGCCACUCUCGCGGAGGUGCGCGGGUCCGUGGCACUGGUUAAGGCGGACGCUACCCAUUGACUUCGAUACCGUGUUUGUUGCUUGCAGUGCUGAAUGACAGUGGACCCGAAAAUGGAAUGGAGACACAAAGCAAGCUCUUGCAGUCGCCGUUUCAACGUGUCAUCAUGUAAUGGACUGCAGUGCGUUAGUGACAAGACCGGCGUGCGCGAGGGCCUCCCACCGACAGAAUAGCGAGGACCAUGAAGAGCGAGAGCGCCGAGGGGACGGGCGGCGCGAGGGAUGGGCCCGCCGGCCGAGGGGCGCUCGUCCUCGAGGAUACCGAGGAGGACUUGAGCUCCUCCGAGUCCUCGUGCGACUACGAGGGCGAGUCGAAGGACAAGAGGAGAAGGAAGAGGAGGAAGAGGAGGAGGAGAAGGAGGGACAGCAGCGGCAGCGUCUGGUCCUGCGGCGACCUGGGGUCCGAGGCUCUGGGAAGUCGUGAUGGUUCUCCUCCGUCGACGAGCGAGGGAGGAAGGGCGGGGAAGGAGAGCGAAGAGGAGAGCGCGAAGGAAGGAGGAAGGAGGGACGAAGGGAAGGACGAGGAGGACGCCCUCGGGGACUCCGACACGACCGCGAAGGAGAAAAGGAUCGAGAGCGACAGCGCCGGGAGGGAGAAAGGCCGGCGGAAGGAGGCGAAGAGGAACCGGAGCGAGGGAGAGGGGGACGCGCCCCUGUUCUCGCGGAAGUCAUGUCCUCCCGCGACCUCCGAGUCCCCGCCCCUGCCCCCCGCCCCCCCGCCCGGCCCAGGAGGCCCGGGGGACCCACGCCCCUCGCCACAACUGUAAACAAGGCAGCUCGACGCCCGGGAGCGGCAGCGGGUCCGCCGGUAUCGCUCGCGACGGCACCGCAGCGACCCCUCCUGCAGAUGGCUCGGGCGGCGCGGCGUCCCGACGACCGCGAAGCUUUACCUGGUGCUAGCGGCGACGUCCCUGGUCGUCUACGUCAACGGCGUCGUCGGCGAUUACGUCCACGACGACCUCAGCGCCGUGGUCGGGAACCCUGACGUGCAGGGGACGACCCCGCUGUGGCGUCUCCUCGUCAACGACUUCUGGGGGAGGCCCAUGGCGGACCCGGCCUCGCACAAGUCCUACCGGCCUCUCACCAUCCUCUC